GCUAGGCAGGCUAGCUGCGUUUUUGGGUGUUUAAGGCACAAAUCGCUGUAUGAGACAGUUUCUGGACUGACAUUCAGGCAUGGGGAAGUCUUUCGCUAAUUUUAUGUGUAAGAAGGAUUUUCAUCCUGCGUCAAAAUCAAAUAUCAAGAAGGUAUGGAUAGCGGAGCAGAAACUGAACUUCGAGAAGAAAAAGCAGGAGGACCUGAUGCAGGCCUACCUGAAAGAGCAGGAGACCUACAACAACAGGCUGCUGAUGGGAGAUGACCGCGUGAAGAACGGCCUCAAUUUCAUGUAUGAAGCGCCACCCGGGGCGUCUAAAGAGGAAAAAAUGGAGGAAGGAGAAGCUGAUUACAAGUUUGAAUGGCAGAAAGUUGCUCCUCGUGAAAAGUAUGCCAAAGAUGACAUGAACAUCAGAGACCAGCCUUUUGGGAUCCAGGUGCGGAAUGUGCGGUGUAUAAAAUGCCAUAAAUGGGGUCAUGUGAACACGGACAGGGAGUGUCCUCUUUUCGGUCUGUCUGGGAUCAACGCCAGCUCAGUGGCCAGUGAGGAAGCAGGUCCGUCGAUGCACCCCUCGGAGCUAAUGGCAGAGAUGCGGAACAGUGGGUUUGCUCUGAAAAAGUGUGUCCUUGGAAGAAACGCCACUGUUUGUGAUCCAUCGCAGGAGUAUAUAGCCAGUGAGGAAGAGGAGGAUCCUGAGGUUGAGUUCCUCAAAUCUUUAACCACUAAACAGAAAGAGAAGCUUCUCAGAAAACUUGAUCGCCUGGAAAAGAAGAAAGACAAGAAGAACAAGAAGUCAAAAAAGAAAAGCAAACGGAAGCAGAAGAAAAAACAGACGCAUCGCGACAGUUCCUCCUCUGACAGCAGCAGCUCUGACUCAGACGCGGACGAUAAAACCAAGGAUUACAAAAAGAAAGAGCGAAAAAGAAAGAGGGAGGCCUGGUCCAGUGGUCGCGGUUCCUCUGCCGAGGGCGGAUGCAGAGACACGUUUCAGAGCAGACGCCCAGACAGCGCGGCCUCCGGCCCCGCCCGGCCAGGAGAGGGCAGAACGGAGAGAAGCCAGCGGCACGAGCAGGGUCAACACAGACGGGACACCAGAGAGAGGCAGCGUCGAACCGCCGGCCACAGGGACAACUCAAGCCCUGAGGGAAGAAGAGGCGUGAAGGAGGGGGAUAAAGAAAGGAGCAGGGGAGAGGAAAGAGAGAGGAAGAGGAGUGAGAGCGCAGACGGAGGCAAACGGAGAAAGGAGAAGAACAGGAGUCCGGACAGAGACAGAGAGAGGGAACGAAUCGGAAAAGACAGGAGCAGGAGCAGGGACAGAGGGAGGCGUGGAAAAGAGAGGAGCAGGAGUAGGAGUAGGAGCAGGGAUGGAAGGAGGGGAGGAAAAGAGAGGAGCAGGAGCAGGAGCAGAGAUAGACGGGGAAACAGAAGGGAGUAAAGCCAGUUGAAACAUGCCAGUCUUUGGAUCUUUGUCUUUUUAAACUUUGUUAUGCAUUUAUAUCACUGACACAUUCAGGAAAGCCACUUUAUUCAAAUGACAUAUUUCAGUCUUCUGUCUUACUAUUACUACUGUCUUACUUCUUUAAGUUAGGUGUGUAUGGAUAGUUUGUCGAGGUCCUUCUUUAUCAACUAAAAUUCCCGCCAAAUAACAACAUCUGUCUCCGGUAGAGGGCACUAUAAGACACGAACUGAAAGGACACGAGGAAUGAGCGGGAUUCGCUCGAGGACGACAGAAAACUGGAAAUGUUUUGCUAUGUUCUACAGCAGUUUAAUUUGUUUGUAUAUGUAGAUGUGUCAUAACAAAUAUGGCAUUUCAUUCUCUAAAUAUAUCUGUGACGAUAAUUUUCCAUUUCACAGUGACAAUAACAAUGUUUUGCGUACUGAGAAUGAUCAUGA